GCAACACUAACAACUUUUUGACGUAUAUUGUAGUUGUCAAAAAUCAUCAAAUCGACAUCAUAGCAAAAGAUAAACACGUAUCUUAAUAUUAUUUAGUUUCUGGAAGAAAUACAGAAAGCAGAUGUUAUAAGAAGUCCAGUAAUAUUACUGUUAUCCAGAAGAAUGAGGUUCUUAGGCAUAUCGUUCGUUAGUUUUCUUUUAACGUCUAUAGUCGUAGCAAAUGCAUAUUACCAAAAGAAACAAUUCUACCCCUCGGUAGUUUACAUUACAAAAUCUAAUCCUAGCAUGGCUGUGCUUUAUAUACAAGCUUUUAUUGGGGUAUGGAUCUUAGGUAAACUUAUGAGAAAGAUAUUUUUUGGACAACUAAGAACGACUGAAUUUGAGCAUCUCAUGGAGAGAUCAUGGUAUGCAAUAACAGAAACAUGCCUAGCAUUUACGGUGUUUCGGGACGAUUUUACUCCAAAAUUUGUAGCUCUUUUCACUCUAUUAUUAUUUUUGAAAUCUUUUCAUUGGUUAGCUGAAGAUCGAGUUGACUAUAUGGAAAGAAGCCCUGUUAUAAGUUGGUUAUUCCAUGUUAGGAUCCUGAGUUUAUUGUUACUGUUAGGAGCUUUAGAUUUACACUUUAUCUUGCAUGCUUACCAAUCAACAGUGACUAAGGGCGCCUCAGUCCAGUUAGUGUUUGGUUUUGAGUAUGCAGUACUAAUAACAGUUGUUAUCAACAUAGGAAUAAAGUAUGCACUUCAUUCAGUGGAUUUGAAUAGUGAAACUCCAUGGGAUAACAAAGCAGUAUUUCUGCUUUAUACCGAGCUUGUCAUGGGGUUGAUAAAAGUUAUAUUAUAUGUAGCCUUUGUGGUAAUCAUGGUUAGAAUAUAUACUUUACCAUUAUUUGCGUUCCGACCCAUGUACUACACUAUAAGAAACUUUAAGAAAGCGUUUAGCGAUGUCAUUUUGUCUAGAAGAGCCAUUCAUAAUAUGAACACUCUGUAUCCUGAUGCUACACCAGAAGAAUUACAGGCUGCCGAUAAUGUUUGCAUUAUUUGCAGGGAAGAAAUGGUGACUGCUUCAAAGAAGCUUCCUUGCAAUCAUAUAUUUCAUACAUCUUGCUUAAGGUCAUGGUUUCAAAGACAACAAACAUGUCCAACCUGUCGUUUGAAUAUCCUACGCACUCCAACUCCACCAACAAAUAAUAACAUUCCAGGGGCACAAGCUAAUCAAGUACCAAAUGCUUUCUUCAACGUUUUUGCUGCCGCUGGACCAAAUCCAUUUCAGUUUCAAAAUCAGCCUAAUGCCGAAGUUGGGGCCAACGUAGCGCCCCCUGGACCACCUCCUACAACUUCAGGCUCUGCUGCUACAGCACCUCCAGCAGGUGAAAAUUUGGGAAACGGAGCUGGACAGGCGCCUCCGCAGUUCAUGUUUCCGCCGUUUCCCUUUCCGAUGCCGUUUAUGGUACCUCCUCCGCCUCCUCCGGCAAAUUUGGCAGCUCUUUCCGAAGAGGAAUUACGUCAGCUCGAAGGAAACGAGAGGCAUAAUGUUGAAGCAAGAAUACAGUGCUUAAGAAACAUUCAAGUCCUUCUCGACGCGGCUGUCCAGAUGAUGCAACAGUACAGUGUCGCUACAGCGCAACAACAACCACCCCAAAGACCGCCAGAAGCGAAUUCGACUAAUAGCGAAGCCGCAAACGGUAGCACUCCACCUACCAAUCAUCCUACGUCAUCACAGCAACCCGGCACCAGUGCCAGCUCAUCGGGAGAUGCAGGCGAUUCUAAAAAAGAACCGCCCAUAGAGAUAACAUCCGCGACUAUUGUAAAUGGUGUAAGCGAGAGUUUAGACGAGAAUAGUACUGUAACUGCUGAAGAAGAACUGAGAAGAAGAAGACUACAGAGAUUUUUACAAAAUGAACAACAACAACCAAACUAGCGGGCUGAUUGGAAAAUUAGGACCAAAAAUACGAGACAGACAGACAACCCCCCUCCUAUUGAUUUGUUAUUUAUCAUUGUUAAUUUAUUAAAUAAUUGUCAUAAGGUUUAUUAUUGAGAGGCUGAGAGGUUAUUUUUUAUAUAUAUGUAUUUGUAAUGUGUAUAUCGGAGGAGCUUUCUUUUGUGAUAGUACCUAGCAUUUUUUUUCGUUUUUUUUUUGAUUUUAUGUUGAUAAGUGAAAAACUGAGCAAAGAUUUUUAGGUUUUAAGGUAAAUUGUAAUUCUGGAAGUGUAAAUUGUAUUUCUGGAAAGUGUAAUAUAUUUCUUCUACGGUUUA